AUGGAUCCUAGCAGCAGCAGCAGGAGAAGAAGUUACAGCUGCGAGGAGAGCUGCUUCCAUGGCGCCCACUGGCGGCCUCCGUCUCACUCUCACUCCGCCAGAUGCCUCUGCGUCUACAUCGCGCUGUCCGUCAUCUUCUUCGUGCUCGUCGCGGCCGUGCUGCUAGUCGUCGUGUUCGUCGCGAGGCUCAAGAAGCCGACCUUCCUGCUGCAGUCCGUGCAGAUGGACAGGUCGUUCAGCCUCCGGUCGCUGUCGUCGUCGGCGUCGCUGGCAACAACGGCGGCGGCGAACGGCACCGGCGGCGGCGGCGGCGCGAACGUUAGCGGGACGGCGUGCUCGGUGGCGUCGCUGGUGUUCGCGGCGCAGAACCCCAACGGCAUCGGGAUCAGGUACGGCGCGGCGGCGCUCGGCGUCGCGUACGCGAACGAGCCGGUCGGCGCCGUGGGCGUGCCGGAGUUCUACCAGCCGCCGCGGAGCGGCAACGUGACGGUGGUCAUGCACGCCGUGUUCUCGCAGUCCGACGUGAGCCGGCUCGUCGUCGGCGAGCUCUCGGCGCAGCGCCGGUACAUGGAGAUACGGAUCGCCGGGAGCAUCGACGCGCGCACGCACGUCAUGAACUUCCCUCUGCCUAAAAUUCAGUUCUCGAUUGACUGUACAAUAGGAACUAACUACACCGACAUAGUACUACGCGAAGGGAUCGAGUCUGUAAUUACACGCAAGGCUCUCCUCGUAUCUGAACUGCCUCACUUAUCACAAAAGUGCUCCAUCAAGAUCGACAUAAGGUCAAGAGGGAAGAAGAGAGCAAGUCUUGACGAGUUAGGAUGCUGAUUUAAGCCAGAGAGAUUCUUUACCUGUUUAGCACGUACAUACGGCUAUUUUUUUCCCUUGGGAAUUUUUUUUAUUCAUUGCU